GUGGCGGAAGUUGUCGGAAAACGGGUGGGAAAAAAUAACAACGCGUCACGUUGAUCAUCAAAACAAAAAAAGAAAAACAAAAUGGCGGAGCUGUCACUCUACCUUACAAACGCUAACGUGUCUCUGGGACAAACUAUGGAACCUGAGAAAAGCUCCGGUGUGGUGAAGGAGUUUGAGAGCGUGGAGCUCGGCGAUGCAGCGAAGAAGCAGAAAGUCCCGCGCAGAACCAUUUACUUUGCCAGCGGUGAGACGAUGGAGGAGUUCAGCACAGACGAGGAGGACGAGGAAGAGGAAGAGGAGCGGCGCAAACAGACCGCCAUGAGCACCAUCGAUCCGGUGUGUUCGAAAUUGACGUGGGGUCCGUAUUUCUGGUUCCACAUGUGGAGAGUCGCCACGAACACCAUCUCAGUGUGUGAUUAUCUGGGAGAGAAAAUGGCGUCACUGCUGGGCAUCACCACGCCCAAGUAUCAGUACGCAAUCGACGAGUACUACAGGAUGAAGAAAGAGGAGGAAGAGGCCGAGGAGGAAGACCGUCUUUCUGAAGAAGCCCAGCGGCGUUUCGACAACCAGCACCGUGACAAAGAACAGAAUCCGACUGUGGAGCAGCCCGAAGGGACGGGUUCCUUCGUCAACAUGAGCUUCGAAGUGGAACAGGAGUCGUCAUCUUGAUCCAAGUGCCUUUUCUCCGCAUUAAUCUCUCUCUCGCGCUCUGUGUGUGUGUGUGUGUGUGUGUGUGUGUGUGCGCGCGCAGGACAGAGUGACAUCACUGAAUCAUUUCUUUAAAUAAUAAUAUACUUAACCAAGGAAACUCAAAACUGAGUGCACUGCUUAAAUGGUAAUUUCUACAGCUCUGUGUAUGUUGUAUAUGUGUGUAUGGUCAUAUAUACGAGAAGUGCAUUAAUACCUGAAAAUCCUAAGUGUUGAGAUUUUACACUUAUGAUUAGGGGCGUGAGACGAUACGAUACACAAUCUCGAUGUGUAACUAUAACAACGAUAGAAAACAAAAACAAUCGCCUCGGUUCACUACUGAUCCGAUUCAGUUCAGUUCAUCUUCAGGACAGGGGAGUUUGCGCUCCUUUGCGGUUUCUCGGGCGCGUGUGUGACGAGCUGCGUUAGUAACGUGAAGAGAGAGAAUAAAGAGACGCUGGUGAGGGAACGACUGUUUAUAGCCGCUAUAACGUAACUGACAACAGGAAGUAACUCGUUUAAUGGACAUUCCACGACAUUAAAUGUAGCUAUAAACAGAUAAAAAGUAUGACGUGUCGUUGAUUAACCUCACCACCCUGACUACAGGAAACGAGAACACCCGAGAAACACUCCUGAUGGCUGUGUCUUGAUUCAGUAUCUUUUUGUUUGUUUGUUUUUUUCCCAGAUCUCGGCUUGUAAUCCAUAUCAGUAUCGUUUUAUUUUUCUCUCUUUAUGCCCCACUUUUAAAUGAUGUGACAUCUUUAAUUUCACGCAAACAAACCCUUUUGGUGAACAUUUUUUUCCAUUCAGUGUUCUUCACUACUGCAAAGGCAGUUUCACUGAUCAUUUUCUGUAGGAAAAAUGUACAAUCCUCAUUUCAUAUUUAUAAAAUUGAAAGUUUAAGGAUAAAUCCGUAUGACCGUAUAGUGUGAUAAUGAAAUCUUAUAAAAAGAGUUAAAAUAUUGAUGUUAUGGAAAGAAGCUGUGUGAUAUUUAUGGAGUUCUUCCAGUAGACAGAUUUCAGAUUGGUCUGUAGUUUCAUGGCGGCCAAUCAAAUCACACCGAGUGACAGAAACGUUCACUUAAACUUUAACCAAUAAAAACAGAAAGGAGGCGGGGUUUAGUUCAAAUAACCAAAACUGUCAAUCAUUUAAUCUGUUUUAUCUUCUUUUUUUUUUAUUUAUAUUUUUUACUUAUAAGGUUUAUCAUGCAGGACACAUUCCUCUGAUUCGUUAAACUAUUUUUUUUUAAAUUUUUAUUAUUGUCUCAUGAGAGUUGACUUCUUUGCUCAGCUGUCUUUGAUCUCACACGUUAACUUUAUUAUUUUAUUUGAUUUGAUUUGGAAGCUGUUUAUAAAGAUGUGAUAAUGACAGUAAAGUGGCAUUUAAUGUCGUGAGUCUGAUGUUGUUAUCUUGUGAUAAAGUGAAAUGCUGUGACGUGAUGACCGGGUUGGACGAUGAUCAUACUGGGAAUUUAUCAAAAAAAAAAAAAAAAAACAUAAAAUAAUUCAGUCUUAAUAGAAACUUCUAGAAGAACUCCUUCAGAAUGGGAACAUAAUAAACGUGUGUGUGAAUUUAUAAAUCGUCAAUACACUCGGAAAUUAUUCUUUUAUUUUCAUUUCAUUUUGAUCAACUGACCAUUAAUGACAAAAUACUUUCCCUCUCUGGUCGUCGUGUGUGUGUGUGUGUGUGUGUGUGUGUUUUCAGGAUUUAAAAAUGAGGAAAUUGAGAUGUUUAAUCUGUUUACGUCAAUCCCAGCACAUGACUUUGAAAAACUGUAUAAUUUAUUUCUGUACAGUUCCUUUAAAUGCACUACUCUCUAACGCUUUAAUAUAAUUUAGCUUGUUUAAAAAAAAAACAACUGUAUAUAAUGAUGUGACUUUCUUUAAUAAACUCUUGAACCUUCA